ACAGUCUGCUUCACGUCUGAACAGCUGCUAACAUUAGCCCACUGACCUGCUUUAUCCACGAGCGGGCUACACUUUAACCAAAACACUCAUUUAUUGGACCGGAUCGUUUUUGGCAUUGACGCUGGAUGAUAUCUUAAAAUAGCAAGGAACGUGAGGCCUCCAAUGCAAAAAGCGAAAGAGGAUCCAUGGCAAAGUGGCUGAAACUAAACUUUGGCAGCAGGCGUGACCCCCCUCAGCCCCCGCGGCCAGACUACACGGAGAGUGAGAUCCUGAGGGCGUACAGGGCCCAGAAGGAGCUGGACUUUGAAGACCCUUAUUCCCCGGACGGAGAGUCCCAGAACGGUGGUCUCGGCUCCUGCACCUCCACUGUCAGCCUGCCCUCGUUCUCUGCAUUCGGUGCAGUGCUGCCCAACGGAGUGGAGGUUAAAGUUGUAUCUCCGAAACACAGACUCAUCAAAGUAGACUCUCAGGAAUUUGGACGGAGCAAAGUUCCCCUCAGCCCAGUGACUGUCCAAGAGGAACCAGUGGUUCCAUCUGCUCCAGCUGCAUCAGACGCAGACACAGACUACUCCGACCCGUUUGACGCGCGUCCUGAUCCCAGACCCAAACUGAGCUGGGAGCCAAAGACUGUCCCCUCGGAGUGCGGCAGCUACAUGGAGCCAUUUGAAGCUCAGCGAAUUAUAUCAGAACUACAGCACAGUGCAAUGACAAGCCGAUCGGGGAGCAGUGAUGGAGGGCAGUUAUAUGAUAAUCCAUACGAGGAGAGAGGCAGGACCCAGACCCAGCCCAGAGCGCCCCCUUCAAGUCUGCAGCACGCGGCCUGGCUUGACGUUGAUGGGAGAGAGAGCAGAUUGCCCCAGGACGACGAGAGGCCAGCCGAUGAAUACGACCAGCCCUGGGAGUGGAAGAAGGACAAUAUCUCCAAAGCUUUGGCUGUUCAGUUUGAAGGAGCAGAGAGGGAGCGCUCCCGCACAGAGCAGAGUCGCUUUUGUAGAGCUGGUGCUUCUUCAGAGUCCACCACACUGAGGCUGGUCGGAGACAUGCCUCCUCUGCUUGGAGAAAGAGUGGACCCCUUCACGCCCCUCGAACGACAAGUCUGGUAUCAUGGAGCAAUCAGUCGUGCUGAGGCUGAGUCUUUACUAACUUUGUGCAAAGAAAGCUCGUACCUCGUGAGGAACAGCCAGACAUGCAGAACAGACUACUCGCUCUCCAUCAGGAGUUGCAAAGGUUUUAUGCACAUGAAGUUCACCCAGUCUGCAGAUGGACGUUAUGUGCUCGGAGAGAACAGCCCCCCCUUCUCCACCAUCCCAGAAGUCAUCCACUACUACACCACUCACAAACUGCCCAUCAGAGGAGCAGAGCACAUGUCCCUGCUCUAUCCUGUCAUUGUACAGACGCUCUGACACACAAAUAUACUCUAUACACAUAUACAGUACUGUCCUCCGAAAUCUUGACAUCCCUGAUAAAAAUCUAUGAUCUGUGGUCAAAAGUUCAAGGCAAGGCAAGUUAAUUUAUAUAGCAGAUUUCAUACACAGAGUAAUUUAAUGUGCUUUACAGAAUAAGAACAACAUUAAAACUAAUCAAAACAUAAAUAAUCAUCAUAAAAGAAAUAAGAAGAGUGUAAUAUAAACACCUUUCAGUCAUAUGCACAGCUAAAGAGAACUGUGAUCUAGGUGCUGGACCUGAUUUUAACAUGAAAAACAGAACAUUUUUAAUGUAUUCCUCACUUUCAAAACUCAUUCCUCACAUUCUAAUUGUUCACAGAGAUUAGCGCUUUUCACGACUUUCAGAGGCAGGAACUGUGUUUUGCAGUUUAAGUAAUGCUAACAACAACAGCUGGCUAACAUCGCACCCACAUGAUUUUCUGGUUCACAGACAGUACAACUCAAAACCAAAAAAAAAAUCUUAUUUUGCAAUAUAUCUUUACUAAAUUAUUCCAAAAAAAAUAAAAUAAAAAAUCAGGUACAGCCCCUUUAGCCUUUAUUGUUCCUUGAAAUGUGCCCUCAGCGUUUGACCCAUCCUUCAUUGCCACUGGGGCAUCCUGUUAUAGAGCAUUGGGUGAUGACAUUUCAGCACCCAGAGACCCAGCUCCAGAUCUUGACCUAUGGGCUUGGUCAGGAGGACUACUUUAACUUGAGUAUAUUCCUAUCAUGCAUGUUUUAAGUGUUAUAUUCUUGACUGAGCCUGAGAAAUGUAUCAAUUACAAGUAAGAUUACAGUUACAGUUACUGCCCCUGCCUGCUGCUCUCUUACAUAAUGAUAUGGGUUCUUCUGCUGCCCCACAUAACUUAGAUCAAACUCACUCAUGACAACAGGAAUCUCAAAACAUUGCUAAUACAUGAAUACAAGUCUAUUCAAAAAUUAGCAAAAACUGACUUUACAAUAAUUUUUUCUAUUGGCUCACUUUUAUAAAAGAUGCCAUGAUGAACGGAGGACACUGCAGUUUUAAACCUUAUUUACAUGGGGUGCUACUGAAAACCACUUCAUUUCUUAUUUUUGCCUUUUCACUGCCACCGUACCUGCACUGCUCAAAGAGAUCGCCUGGGGCCAUCCUCUGUAUUAUUUUACAUAAACAUAGUCUCACCCACUGGCAGCUCCAACCGCCUCCUCACUAAAUUGUAAUUUCGUCACUAAGAAUCAGUAUUAAAGUUUAAAUUUGUAGCUGAUUUAGUUUUAGACCAAAAAAGACUUGUCCUUUUGGCAAGCUGUAGCUUUUUAAAAUUUAAAUUGUUAUGAAAUUCUGCCUUGUUACCGUAGACUGUAUAUAGAAAUGGACAUAGCUAACCCGCUAGCCGCCGCAUUGUUAAGAGGAAGUGAGCAUGGGGUGUUUCCAGCUCCAUCGAUUCUGGCUCCAAUUGACUUUACAUUGAAAAAUUGUCACCCCCUCUGUAACUGUCUGAGCCUCGUCAUUUUGGUCUUAAAAUGUUCGUAUUAACCUACUCUACAUGAUCCUGGUGUAUUUAUUUAGUCCGUAAAUAAAUUCCUAUUCCUUAAAUGGAACUGCUUCAAUUGACUCGAGCUGAAUGGUACGGGUGACACGCGCCUUUAGUCCACUUCUUUACACAGUCUAUGCUUAUUGCUUAUAGAAUUUAUAGUUAAAGCUCGUGCCAAUUUUUUUUUUAUCUUGUUUAAACAAUGAGCCAAUGUUAUUUUUUAUUUUUUUAAGACAAAUGCAGUUACAUGGACUGAGAAAUAUUGCGUCCUAUACUUUACAAAGAUUACUGUUUUAUUUAAAUCAUACCAACCAAACACUACUUUGUCAGCCUAUGCGUCUGGGUUUUUUGUAUGGACGUUGAAUGUCACAUGGAGUUAAAGCCCUACAUUACUCUCCUCACUACAUUUUGUUAAUAUAAACUCAAAGUUACAAUAUAUGAUGUCAAAUCUCUAUAUAUAUUGUUAGCUUGGCACAAUAACUCGGACUCCUGCAAUACUAGUUUAUAGACAGUAUUAUGAAACUGUGGACUUGUGAAAAAAAGCUUUGUUAGACGACUAUUUACUGUGUUGUUUUAUAAGAUUAAAUGUAUGGUCAAAAUAAAGGUGUUGUUU